AUGAAUUGGCAGCACUUCUGGCAAGACUAUGUAGUCCUCAAGCCGAAGCCCGGGUCCUUUGGGGCCGACGACGCCGAUGCCAUCGUCUACACCAAUGAAGACAUGGACCCCAUCAGGCGCAAGGACCGUACGUACCAGUGGUACCAGAUGGGUCUGUUCUGGAUCGCCGAGGGGUUCAACGCCGCCCAGCUGCAGGUCUCCAGCUCGGCCUUUUCGCUGGGCCUCAACCCGGGCCUGUGCGUCGUGGCCUGCCUCUUGGGCAACAUCAUCGUGUCGAUCCCGUGCGCCGCCUCGGGCUACCUGGGCAGCAAGCUGGGCACCAACUUCCCCGGCACCGUGCGCGCCUCGUUCGGCCUCUGGGGCUCCAAGUGGGCCAUGGUCGUCCGCGCCGUCCCCUGUCUGAUCUACUACGGCAUCCAGACCAGUCUCGCCGGCCAGGCCGUCCAGGCGUGCAUCACGGCCAUCUGGCCCUCGUUCCGCCACUGGCACGUCGACGCUUUUCCGCCGUCCGCCAACAUCACUGCCCAGCAGCUGCUCUGCUUCGUCAUCUUCUGGCUCAUCUCGCUGCCCUUCCUGUACCUGCCCAUCCGGACUCUGCGGUUCCUGUUCGUGGUGAAGAGCAUCAUGGUGCCGCUCUACUGGACUGCGCUGUUCACCUGGUCCGUCACGGCUGCCGGGGGGUGGCCCAAGGUCUGGACGAAGCCGAGUCUCCCGACCGAUGGCAUGUCGGUCGGCUAUCUCUUCGGUAUCUGCGUGAACGCCGCUAUCUCGGGCAACGCUACGUUCGCCGUCAAUAUCAUGGACAUUUCGCGCCACUCCAAGAGCGAUAAAGCCGCCUGGCUGACGCAGCUCGUCGCACUGCCGGUCUUUGUCACACUGACCGAGCUGCUCGGCUGCACCAUGGCUGUGGCGGCAUCGGUCGUCUACGGCGAGGUGCAGUGGAACCCGCUGGUGACCAUCAACAAUUUCGAAGCGCGCGGAGGCAAGUUCUUCGCCGGCAUCCUGUUUGUCUUCUUCAACAUCAUGACCAACGUGACGGGCAACUCGAUCCCGUUCGCGAACGACCUGACGGGUCUGUUCCCGAAAUACAUCAACAUCCGCCGGGGUCAGUUUAUUUGCGCCGUGGUCGGCUUCGCCAUCUGUCCGUGGCAGAUCCAGGCCAAAGCUACGACGUUCCUGGCGUUCAUGGGCGCGUACACGCUGUUCCUGGGCGCCACCACCGGCGUCAUGAUGACCGAUUACUUCUGGGUGCGGCGCGGACACGGGAUUAACAUCUCGCACCUCUUCAAGCCGCACGGCAUUUACUGGUACGACUACGGAGUCAACUGGCGUGCCCUGGUGGCUUGGUUCGUGGCCCUGGCGCCCUUACUGCCGGGUAUGCUCCAGACUAUGGGGGUGACCAUCACCAACCGGGGGAUCCUGAACCUGUAUUCCUGGAACUAUGUCCUCGUGGUCACCUUCUCGGGAUUGUUGUAUCUGGGAUUGACCACCCUCUCGCCGGUUCCCGUCGAGACCGACGACGAGGAUUUAGGGAAGCUGUAUUUGGUCGAUGGCCUCGACCCAGAGAUCACUACGGGGAUGUUGCCCGGAGGAGGUGGUGGCGGGGACGACGAGGUGGAAAGUGAGAAGAACAACGAUGGCAAGAAAACCGAAAGCGAAAAGAGAGGCUUUGUUGCGAGUCAGAGUCAGGUCAAUGCCCAGUUUGUGGGCGACAACUUGGCCUAG